GAGAAUUGAAGCUUUAAACCUUACAAACGAAGGCCCAGCUCGUAAGAAACGAAGGCCCAGCCAGCCGUGUUCGUUGAUAUAUAUACCCGACGGAGGUUUUCAUGUAGGGUUUCCAGAGCAAAACUGAAGUAGCCGGUGCAAAUGGGUCCCAAAAAGGGUGUAAAAGCUCCCGUUGCCGCCUCGAAGAAGAAGCCGGAGAAGGUGGUGAACCCACUGUUCGAGAAGCGGCCGAAGCAAUUCGGGAUCGGAGGGGCGUUGCCUCCCAAGAGGGAUCUGACCCGAUUCGUUAAAUGGCCCAAGGCUGUUCAGAUUCAGAGGAAGAAGAGAAUCCUUCAGCAGAGGCUUAAGGUUCCUCCUGCUUUGAACCAGUUCACCAAGACCCUCGACAAGAACAUCGCUACAAGCCUGUUCAAGAUGCUUUUGAAGUAUCGGCCUGAGGACAAGGCAGAGAAGAAGGAGCGUCUCUUGACAAGGGCACAACAAGAAACUCAAGGAAUAACUGUUGAAAACAAGAAGCCAAUUGUUGUGAAAUAUGGUCUCAACCAUGUCACCUACCUCAUUGAGCAGAAUAAGGCUCAACUUGUAGUUAUUGCUCAUGAUGUUGAUCCAAUAGAGUUGGUUGUCUGGCUCCCUGCCCUGUGCAGGAAGAUGCAAAUCCCCUACUGCAUUGUGAAGGGCAAAGCACGCUUGGGAGCAAUUGUCCAUAAAAAAACUGCUUCGGUAUUGUGCCUGACAACGAUCAAGAAUCAAGAUAGGAUGGAUUUCAGCAAGGUCUUAGAAGCAAUAAAUGCCAACUUUAAUGACAAGUAUGAGGAAUACAGGAAAAAGUGGGGUGGUGGCAUCAUGGGUUCCAAAUCCCAGGCCAAAACGAAGGCCAAGGAAAGGCUCCUCGCGAGAGAGGCUGCUCAAAGGAUGACCUGAUUUUUGUUCUUGUAUUUUGUUUCACUUAGAUUAUGGUACUAGAGUUUUGUGAUUGCUACAAGUUUAUUCAUAUCAACAACGGAGAUUUUGUUUCCCUUGAAUGCAGUCAUUUUUAUUUGAAAGGUGAGUUAUUAAAAAGUGUGCUGGGCCUCUGCUGAAUGUGUUUAGACUGAUGGAAUAUGGUCUGGUCAUGUUGGUACUGAGAAUUCUGUAUAGCUAAAUAUUCUCCCCAAUUCGGUUGCAUUAAAUUAUUAUGGUCCAAUUUAGGGGCGUUUCAAAUAGAGCUAAUUUAGUUUACCUACCCUCUACGGGCAAUGCUUUUAACUUGGUGUAAAUUUAAGCAACACGAAGAUGAUGUUAUUUAUGAGCGUUUGGAC